UGUACAAGUGCAGACUGCAGAAUCGUAGUGCAAAACCCAGGUGCUUGUCAUGACGGCAACAGCAGCUGCAUCGCCGCCUCAAGGCUAUACGUCUGACCUGGACCAUCCCAAGGACGAGCUAAGGACCAUCAACUUCGUGACACAGGCGCUCACAAUGACCUUCUGCACCAUAUUCGUCUGGAUCAGAGGGUACCACAAGUUUAGAACUGUUGGUCUGGACUUAGCCGUCGAUGACUACCUUACGUUUGUGUCCUGGCUGCUUAUGACCGGAUACUGCAUAUCUGGGUUCAUUCUGAGUGUCCAUGGCGGAGGCUACCACAUGUGGGAUAUCUCGAAAGAAACAGCUGAGAAAUUUCUUCAAACCGCAUACGCCGCCACGAUCUUCUACGCUCCGAUGACUCUAGCCAUCAAGCUUAGCCUCCUCACACUGAUCGCUCGAAUCUUCUCACCAUACAAGAGGAGGAUACAAGGCAUAUAUGCUCUGGGAGGACUGCUCGUCGUGUACUAUAUCAUCUCCCUCAUCCUUAAGAUCCGGAUAUGCUGGCCGAUUUCUGCGUACUGGCAGGGCGACCAGAGCAAAUGCUUGAACCAGUCAGCGGUCAUCACUGCCGACUCGAUCAUCAGCACAGUCACUGAUGCCAUCAUCCUCCUGUUGCCGCUGCCCUUAACCUGGUCUCUGCAGCUUCCCACAGUCAAGAAGCUUCGCGUUGGCGGCAUGCUUGCUGUCGGUGGCCUCGCAACGGCCUUCAGUGGCUGGCGGUUGAACUUGAUUUUGACCCACGGAAAGUCGAGAGAUACGACAAUCUUGUUCGUACAAGUGGUUAUGUCAGGUAACGCCGAAGCUGGUAUUGCUUUAAUUUGCACUUGCCUUCCAGCAUUCGUUGCCCAAUUCAACAUCCUAAGAGAUCGUGUCGGUUAUGGCUCCUCCCGGGGAACAGAUGGUCGAUAUGAAGCAUCCGGGACGUACAGGCGGUCGACCUUCAAGUCUGCGCAUCUGGAAACGGGGAAGGGAAAGAAACACGGCGGGCUCGAGACUUGGUCUGAUGAGACCGAGCUGGUAACGCAGGUGAAGUCCUCCUUGGAAAGAGAACCCGCACAGCCUGGUGGUGUUAUCGUGAGGAGAGUGGAAGUCACCCACACUGUGACGUACGCCAACGACUCAGAUGACGGGAAAAAGUCGCCCUUUUGA